UCAGCUGGGCGAGGGAGCGUGCUGGAGCCGGCGAGGGGGAGUUGCCAGUGACAGCUGCGACGGCAACAGAGCAGGCUAAAGAAGUUUCCCCUGCUGUCCAUUUCCUAAAUUUGAAUCGUCAUCAUGGCAGUUCCUGAGAAUCUGACUAAGAUCUUUAAAUAUGUUGACGACAACCAGGCCCGAUUUAUUGAUGUGCUCCGGGAAGCUGUUGCCAUCAAGUCUGUGUCUGCCUGGGCGGAAACAAGAGGAGAGAUUAAGAAGCAGAUGGAUUGGGCCAAAGCCAAGCUAGAGGCUUUAGGUGCAUCGUGUGAACUGCAUGAUAUUGGACAGCAGACUCUUCCAAAUGGGACAAAGAUUCCCCUGCCACCUGUGUUGUUUGGCCAGCUGGGCACUGACCCAAAAAAGAAGACUGUUUGUCUGUAUGGUCAUUUGGAUGUGCAGCCAGCACUGAAGGAAGAUGGAUGGGACACAGAACCAUUCGUCUUGACUGAGAAGGACGGAAAAUUGUAUGGUCGUGGAUCAACUGAUGACAAAGGCCCGGUCAUUGGCUGGAUUCAUGCCGUUGAAGCUUUCCAGAAGACUGGACAAGAGGUUCCAGUUAAUAUUAAGUUUGUCUUUGAGGGAAUGGAGGAGUCGGGCUCUGAAGGGCUGGAAGAGCUUUUGAAAGCCCAGAAGGACAAGUUCUUGAAAGGUACUGAUUUUGUUUGCAUCUCCGACAACUACUGGUUGGGCAAGAAGAAACCAUGUAUUACUUAUGGCCUAAGGGGCAUCUGUUACUACUGCAUUGAGGUUGACUGUUGUGCUAAGGACCUGCAUUCAGGUGUAUUUGGUGGAACUGUUCAUGAAGCUAUGGCAGACCUUAUUUACCUCAUGAAUACCCUUUUGGACAGCAAAGGCAAUAUUCUUGUACCAGGAAUUAUGAAUGAGGUAGUACCUGUAACGCCAGAAGAAGAGGCUCUGUACAAAGACAUUGAUUUUGAUGUGGAAGAUUAUCGCAAGGAUCUUGGCCAUGAAAGAUUAGUUCAUCACAAUGACAAGACCAAAACUCUCAUGGCAAGGUGGAGGAACCCAUCACUCUCACUGCAUGGCAUUGAAGGUGCGUUCAGCGAGCCUGGUGCCAAAACUGUUAUCCCCCGCAAAGUAAUUGGCAAAUUCAGCAUCCGCAUUGUCCCCAAUCAGACUCCUGAAUCGGUGUCCAAGCUGGUUAUUGAUUACCUCAACAAGCAGUGGGAAGCCCGUCAGAGCCCUAACAAAAUGAAGAUGAUAGAGUUAGAGGGCAGUGCACCUGCUUGGCAAGCUGACCCAAACCACACCAACUACCGAGCAGGUCGAAGAGCUACCCAGAUGGUGUAUGGGGUUGAGCCUGACCUUACUAGGGAGGGAGGCUCAAUCCCUAUCACUAUCACCCUUCAGGAAGUAACUGGCAAGAACGUGAUGUUGCUACCCAUGGGUGCCUGUGAUGAUGGAGCACACUCUCAGAAUGAAAAGAUCAACAUCACAAACUACAUUGAAGGGACCAAACUGUUGGCAGCAUACCUCAAUGAAGUGGGCCGUGAUUGAUAGCACUGCCCAAGAAAUAGCCAAGAAUGACUUCAAGCUGCUGUAUGAUAUACAUUACAGUAUUCCUGGUCUCAGUCUAUUGAGUACCGUUACCUAAUGUUCUAAAGGUUGUGUAUAAUGUCAUUGUGGUUAGCCAGGAAUUCCAUAUGGCAAGCCCAGUGUAAUAAUUCAGAAAUAUCCUUUACUGUGUAAAAAAAUAAAUAAAUAUGAAUAAAGGCACAGCAAAAAGUAAACAUUAAAAUGCAUUCAUAGCUUAUGGAUACUGGUAUAAAACAGUAUCUCACAGUUGUACCUUUUGCUCAAGAACUGAAUAUUUGUAUUCCUUUAUACUUCUCAAUAAUCCCAUUUAGAAUGCUUAUGGCACUUUUGAAAAGAUCAAAUUAAUUUGCUAAAAAGAAGGUCCUAGAUUUGACUCUUCUAUCCUGUGAAGAAUAUCAGUGCUUGGCUUAAUAUCCAUGUGGGCUUGUUUUGUUAACAUUUGUAUCAAGCUUUUGGGACAAGAAACAUAAAAAAAAAUA